AGAUGAAGUGGGAUAACUUUUCUUUCAUAUUCUAUUUACUAUUGUAUCUGUUGCUUCUUAACAUAAAGUAUAUUUUUAUGCAGAUACCUAUAACUAUAAAAGUUUAAACUACCAUAUUUCUCAGUCCGGGUAUAGAAUAUGUGUUGUGUGUGUUUUAUUUAUUUAUUUAUCUAUUUAUUUACUUAUUUUUAGAUCUGUAUUGAUAAAUGUGUUUGAUGCAUAUACCUAGGCAAAUUCUGACUUGAGCCAGGGAAGGAUUGCAACUUCCUCCCACCUGCCUAGGCACUGCAUGCUGGCUUCGUGGGAGGUGCUCUGGCAAGUGCCUGAUGUUACAGGGACACGUAGCUACAGCCAAAUUCAUGCUGGAACCAUGCUAGACAUCACCUUGAAAAACCUCUUCUUUUGGUGACCCAUCACAUAGUGCUCUCAGCUGUAGGCAAGAGCCCUUAUCAUGGACCAUAUCUUCUAUGUGCUGGAAAGCUGGGCUAAACUGAAGCAAGCAAGGAAUGUAGAAAAAAACAGAAAACAGAUAUGCCUUAGUAAUGCUUAUGUUUAGUUCUUUUACUAAGGCUUAGAAUGUUUUAGAAGAUACAUUUUGUAAAUUAAGGAUUUAGUCCAAAUGAAACUAGAAUUACCUUCCUUGGACAUCUAAGGAAGUGAUUAAAGGUUAGAACUUGUACAAGCUGUAAAUAUUUCUUUCUAGCUAGAGCAGACUUGAGAUCAAAGAUCCAACAGCUAGACCUGAUGCAUGGCUCAGUGUUUGGCUGCAUCACAUAACUGCAGACUGCUAACAAUAUAAGGUAGGUCAGAUCAACUUAGAGGGGGCAUAACAAAAUGAGUACAUUUGCAUACUGGUUAUCUGUUAAUGCAGUAUAGUAUUUAAGAUUACAUAGUAACAGAAGGCUUCUUCCCAAACAUACCAUUCCUAUGGCAUUGAACUGAUGUCCACUGAGGUUCUCACACACAGGGGGACACAAGCACAAAUCCUUAUGGAGGAUGAGCCUCCUCCUUCUCAAGGAAUCAGUGUCAAGGUCUUGGAAGCAACACUACUGUCAGCCCUGAAGAUGCUGGAUGUUGGGAAAUGGCCUAUUUUUUCUCUCUGUUCUCAAGAAGAACUGAAGUUAAUUCGUCAAGCCUGUGUAUUUGGCAGUGCUGGUAAUGAGGUGUUGUAUGCAACUGAAAAUGAUGAGGUUUUUGUGCUUGGCAUGAACUGCAGUGGGUGUUUGGGAACAGGUGACAUGCAGAGCACUAUUGAACCAAGGAGAUUGGAUUCUCUAUGUGGCAAAAAGAUAGCCUGUCUGAGUUAUGGAAGUGGUCCUCAUGUAGUUCUUGCUACAGAAGAAGGAGAAGUGUAUACAUGGGGUCAUAACGCUUAUAGUCAGUUGGGCAAUGGUACAACAAAUCAUGGUUUCAUUCCAUGUCAAGUCUCUACUAACUUGGUGAACAAGAAAGUCAUUGAAGUUGCCUGUGGCUCUCAUCAUUCUAUGGUGUUAACAUCUGAUGGAGAGGUAUACACAUGGGGUUAUAAUAACUCAGGCCAAGUUGGAUCAGGUUCAACAGCUAAUCAACCAAUUCCUCGAAGAGUUACCAGCUGCCUACAAAACAAAAUAGUAGUUAAUAUAGCUUGUGGACAAAUGUGCUCUAUGGCUGUGGUGGAAAAUGGAGAGGUCUAUGUCUGGGGUUACAAUGGUAAUGGCCAGCUUGGACUGGGCAGCAGUGGCAACCAGCCAACACCAUGCCGAAUAGCAGCUUUGCAAGACAUUCGCGUACAGCGGGUUGCCUGUGGCUAUGCACAUACAUUAGUGCUAACAGAUGAAGGUCAGAUUUAUGCCUGGGGGGCCAAUUCAUAUGGCCAGUUAGGUACUGGGAACAAAAGUAACCAGUCCUACCCUAUAACAGUUGCUGUGGAUAAAGACAGAGUUAUAGAGAUUGCCGCCUGCCACUCUGCUCACACGUCGGCUGCCAAGACCCAGAGCGGCCAAGUGUACAUGUGGGGCCAGUGCCGUGGGCAGUCCGUGAUCCUUCCCCACCUCACGCACUUUGCCUGCACUGAUGAUGUGUUUGCUUGCUUUGCUACCCCGGCCGUUAUGUGGCGUCUUCUGUCAGUAGAGCCUGAUGACCAUCUAACAGUAGCCCAGUCACUAAAGAAGGAAUUUGAUAACCCUGAAACUGCAGACCUGAAGUUUCUAGUGGAUGGAAAAUACAUUCAUGUUCAUAAAGUUCUUCUCAAAAUUAGGUGUGAACAUUUUCGUUCCAUACUGAAUAAUGAUGAUGAAAUUAUAGAAAUGAGUGAAUUUUCCUAUCCUGUUUACCGAGCCUUCCUGGAAUACCUGUAUACAGACAACAUUAGGCUCCCUCCUGAAGAUGCAAUAGGACUGCUAGAUUUGGCAACACUGUAUAGAGAAAACAGAUUGAAAAAGCUUUGCCAGCAAACGAUCAAACAAGGCAUUUGUGAAGAGAAUGCCAUUGCUCUUCUUUCUGCAGCUGUCAAAUAUGAAGCUCAGGACUUGGAAGAAUUUUGCUUCAGAUUUUGCAUAAACCAUUUAACUGUCGUUACACAAACUCAAGGCUUUGCUGAAAUGGACCACGACCUCCUGAAAAACUUCAUUAGCAAAGCAAGCAGAGUGGGAGCAUUCCGAAACUGAGGUCUGACUACCACCAAGCUGAGGAGCAUACCAUUUUCCCUCCUGGAAAGACAUCUCCUUUGGAUCCAUGGUCAGAAGGUGCAAAAGUUUGGAAAGAAAGACUCAGUGUCCACCAGCUUAGGAAAUGUGUAAAAGCCCACUAACGUAUAGAGUUUGUAAAGGUGGUUACAUUAUAGAUGUGUGCUGAGAGUUCAUUGCCAACAGUCAGAAUUUAACAACAAAAAUGUAAUGCAGUAACUGCCCUCUCCCACUUAAGAGUCAAGCAAACUAAGCUGUCAUUAUCUUGUCUGAGUUGUGUUUUUUCUUUUCUUUAAACAACCUGCAUUUGGAAACUGACCUGUUUGCUGCUAAAACUGUCAUAGUGUAUUUUUAUCACCAAACUAUGUUAAUAUGCCACAAUGGGCUGCUGCUUGCCUGGUUUAUCAGCUGAUGAAGAUAGAUACAAACUUGUUUUUCUGAACAUAUGAUGAAAUUGUUUAGGAUAAGAGGCUUUCUGAUUGGUAGGAGGAUGUGUCUCACUUGGUAUGUAUUUGGAGUGUAAGUACAUAAGCCAUGAAGAGCUUCAGCUGGACAUUACAAGUUUUGAGUUCCUGGCACUUGUGUCCAUUGUUACAGACAGAAUGAAAACCAUCUUCCUUUCCAUUACACCAAGCAUGUUCCCUGGCACCCCAGUGGGCCAGGAAGCAUCCACAGUAUUUGGCUGCACAUGAAUUAUUGUCCUCUGUGUUUUGGUACUGAGAAGACCACCUGUGUGCCUGUUACCAAAAGGAAAUCCAAACAAAAUGUCAAGGAAAGGGAAGUGCCACUUGUGGUUUGUUUUCCUGUUUUACUAUCUAUCCCCAGCUAAACCACCUUAAGAAAGAUGGGGGGGAAAGAGAGUUUUGAAGUGGUAAAAUGGGUCUUACAAUUAAAUCCUAAGAGUGGAACUAACAUUAUUUUCCAUGUGGCACUAAUGACACAUUGCCCAAAUGCAUUGGUUCUUCUCCUUUGUUCAGUGCUGGGAGGUACCAUACCACUUACCUUACAGGCCUGUUCUAGGUGAGAAGAGCUGCCCUCUGCACUUGCCUCUCUCAGGACUGCUCAUCGAGGGGACGAGAUGGCUAAGGCAGAGUAGACGCUUAAUUUCUAACAGACUAAAGUGAGUUGACACUCCCACCCAGUGUUGCACAGAGGGAGGUCUGCCCCGUUACAGAACAUGCUGAGCUCAUGAAGCAUUUACUUGAAUUUUUCUACUAAGUAACUGUGAAUUGACCCUCAAUAAAUCAUUUCUCUUAUAUUUUGACUGAUGAAGUGGCCUUAAGAGCCUUUUGAGGCAUUUUACAAAUGGAGAAGGUAAAAAGCUGGAUGACCAGGCUCAGUACACUGAUGGUCUUGUGACCUUCCAUCAGAUCCUUGCUGUGCCACAGAAUCAUUCAAUGACUUUUUCUAACCCUUAAGUGUGGUUUCUAAGAACCUAAUUCCCUUAAAUGACUGCAGCCUAAUUUCCUCAUUUCUGAAGUAGAAAUAUCUGUGAUUAUGUUGGAGGAUCUCUUCUCAAGCAAUCCUGUUUCUUGAGGUGGAAAAGGAGAAGUAUGUCCUCAGACAAGAUGAGUAGUGAGUGGUGCCUCUCUUCAUGUCAGCCCCUGCGGGUGUGAGUGGAAGGGCGAGGCACCCGAACAGCAGAAUUUACUUAGGAAGGGGAACAUAAGCAAAUUAUUUUGGAAAACACUGUGGUAAAAAAUGACUUGUGUUUGAGACUUUUACCUCAGACUUUCAUUAGGAAUAUAUUGGAUCAUCCCCUGCUAACGAGUGUGUCUGCCACCCCCUCAGUGAUUAGUACAACUUCCUCCAGCAGCACAAGUCCAUACUUCAGCAGCUGUGUCAGUAUUUUGUAUUCAAAGAGAACUGGUUGAAAACUUUCCAGCAAAUAAUGCAGUUUCAUCAAAACCAUAACUUCCCUAGGGAUCAGCUUUGUAAGGUGGUGCUGAAUAGCACUUUACUCAGGCCCACAGACAGUGGAACAGUACCAUAGCAGGGCACAACCUUGCUGUAAACCUUAUAUGCUAUAGCCCAGCAUAUAACAUAUAGCAUGGGCACAAGGCAAUUCUACUUAAGCCAAGGCUGGGCAAUUCCAGGUGUUUUGGUUAGGCCAGGGAUGGCUGAAAUGAAGUAAAUCAGCCCCUUUCAGCACUCAAGAACUGCCAGGUUCACCUGCCAGCAUUUUCCUAGCUGUAGCAACACCACAGAAAGAAGGUGGAUGGCCACAGCCCAGCCUGCAGCUACCAGCUUGUACUGGCAUUGCACUGGUAUACAGCCAACCUCACCAGAAAACAGAACCAGCUGGGCACCCAUUCCCCUUGCCAAGGCCUUGCCAUCACUCUGGCCUUCCCAAUACAUGGGCUACAAAAGGUCUCUCACAAGUUUCUGUUGUUUUACUUAAAGAACCAAACCUGUAACUGUGAAAUGGUUGUUUUUAACCUGAGGUCUGAUUAAAAACAUUCUCUGCCCAGUAGUUUCAUAGAGGCACCACUCCAUGGAGUGACAGCAGAGGAGAGUAAGGCCACUCUCUCAAACUGGCUCAAGUUCAAAACCAGUAGUUCAACAACUGUACUGCAAACUGCAUGCUUUCUUAGCAAGGCAUUUUUGGCUUAAUAUAGCCAAUAGUGCCACUGGGGUUUUUUUUCCAAUGUAUUUCCUUCCUGCUCAUAAUUUCCAACCUACUUGUACACAUUAAAACCUCACUGCAGUUUCAGAGUAAUUGACAAAGCCUGUAACUUUGAGAACAAGUAUCUCUGGACUGAAUGAGGAUGAUUCUAAAGAUGCAGUGGGUCAGUGCUGGCUUUUAUUCAUGCAGUGUGUAUCAUCUGGCCUGGGUGUGACAGCAUUACAUCAACAGGGACAUGGAUUUAUUAAUUUUCUGAACUUUCAUUGCAUGCACUUUCCUUGGCACAUAAAGGUCAAUGUUUAAAAGAACACCCUGGCUUAGGUGGUUAAAUAUGGAUGUGUGCAUGUAAAUGUGCUUAGAACCAAAUCAUGGGUCCUCGUAGGAGAAAUUAGGGAUGCAUUUUACCAUUGUGAGAUGGUCUGCAACAGACUCAUGUUUGUGUAUCUUGCAGGUUAAAUAUGUAAUGAGUUGCUUAAAUAUGCAAGUAUUGUUCUGGUUUAGGACACCAUAGCCAAAAAUUGUACCUGAGGUUUAAAAAGAGGGAUGUUCCACUUUGCAGAAAGAGAACCAGGUGGAUAAGUUCCUGAGUCAAAUGGAAUUUGAAAGAAAAAGAAGUUACAGGCAGUGAUAGGGUCAGUUAAUGGUCCUCUUGAGUGACUGAAGCCAAGAAUCAGCACUGCAUCACAAUCAGUACCCGCCAGUAGAAUUCUGUUACAGUGCCCAAUAGUUGUGUGAACUGCUGGGUUUACAUGAUCUAAACAAUUGCCAUGGGCUUUCCAAAGCAUUUCUUUACCCCACAGAGACAGGACUCACUGCCUACCACCUAAUGAUGCAGAAAUAGGUAAUUGAUUUCUUGUUUCUCUAUGAACUUGCCUGGUUUUAAUAGACCAUUAAUAAAAAUGCCAUAAUAUUUAAAAAACUAAGAGUGGGAGUCUGACGUGUGUAAAAUGAGCUGAUCACGGAGUAGUGGGGAGAAAAAGAAACAAACCAGAGAUAAUAUAUUUGUGUUCCUCUAGAAAUAACUGCCACCGGAUAAAGCGUCUGAAGCAGAAAGAAAACUGAGUCUGCA